GCCGGAAAAAGGCAAGGGGAGAGGAGGCAGCGAUGGCUUCUUGUUAUGGGGUAGCUCGCAGACUUUGGAGGGGCUGCAGCAGGAGGUUUGCUUCAACAGCUCCUGCUCCUCAACUCUCAACAGCUGAGAUUGCUCAGAUGCGCAAUGAGCUCUUCACAAAAGAGAAAGAGAGACAAUUGUCUCUUUAUCCACGAAUUGAGAAGAUUGAAGUAAAAUAUGUUGGCAAAUCUCACCCAGGCGCUCUGUUUAUAAUGAACAAAGGGCUUUCCACUCCAUACACUUGUGCUAUGCAUUUAAGUGAAUGGCACACUAAGAGAUCUGUGCUCGCCCUUGUAGAUGGACAACUCUGGGAUAUGCUCAGGCCUUUGACUCGCUCGUGUGAAAUUCAGUUUCUUACUUUUAAAGACAAAGAUCCAGAGGAAGUGAACAAAGCUUAUUGGCGCUCUUGUGCUAUGAUCCUGGGGUGUGCACUGGAACAAGCAUUUAAAGAUGAGUAUUCAGUCAGUCUUGUUAGAGCUCCAGAAGUGCCAGUGAUAUCUGGAGCUUUCUGCUAUGAUGUAAUCUUGGACAACAGGCUUGAUGACUGGAAGCCAACUGAGGAAAGUCUCCAUUCUCUUACAAAAGAUGUUCUCAAACUAAUUCAGAAAGACCUGCCAUUUGAAAUGCUGGAUGUUGAUGCAAAAGUGGCACUUGAAGUAUUUCAACAUAACAAGUUCAAACUAGACAUGGUUGAAAAGAGAGCUUCACAAAAUUCCGAAAGAAUCGUAACAAUGCACAGAUUUGGUGACUUUGUAGACAUUAGUGAAGGCCCUCAUAUUCCCAGAAGUAGUUUAUGUUAUCAGUAUGAGGUGACAGCAGCUCAUAAUCUUCAAAGCAACAAAUCUGAACUUCUACGAAGAUUCCAAGGUCUCUCUGUUCCAGUUCAUUUAAAGCUUCAUCACACUAUAUGGCACAGGUUACGGGAAAGGUCUCGGAAGCUAGUCAGUGAAGAAAGAACAAAAGAAGUAAAUGACGGAAAUGAAAUCUCAAAUACUUUAUCAGCCUAAGUCUUUCUAAUUUGCAUGAGGGAAAAGCUUUCAAAAUUAAAUUUAUUUUUAAAAAAGUACCACUUCAUUAUUCAAAUCAAUUCUCAAAGGGGGAUGUUGACCAGAGGCUCAAACAG